GGCCCAGGAGCCAGGCAGCACUAAUCGACAGGAAACAUCGAUCUCCUGCGAGCGGCUAACGGAGGAGACGCGGACUGACCGCCACCUGGCAGCUGCCCACCGCGGCCAAGAUGACCCGACUGGCCGCUCCGAAGCUUCUGAGUCACCUGGCGGAGCUGCUGUGACGAGAUGCUGCAGCUCCCCCUGGUGGUGACUGCCAGAGUGGACCUGGUUCUGCUGCUGCUCACACUGAUCUCCUUCUGGACCCGACUCUCCCGCCUCAGCUACCCCAACGCCGUGGUGUUUGACGAGGUCUACUAUGGACAGUUUGUGUCUCUCUACAUGAAGAGAGUCUUCUUCGUGGACGACAGCGGACCACCGCUUGGUCACAUGAUUCUGGCCUUAGGUGCUUACUUGGGAGGAUUUGAUGGAAACUUCAUGUGGAACAGAAUUGGAGCAGAGUAUCCCUGCGGUGUGAGUGUGUGGAGCCUCCGCCUCCUCCCAGCUGUGUGCGGUGCGUUGUGUGUUCCUUUGGCAUAUUGUGUCAUUCUGGAGUUGGGCUUGUCUCACAUGUCCGCAUUGGUAGCGUCGCUGCUGCUGUUGCUGGACAACGCUCUCAUCGUCCAAUCCCGCUUCAUGUUGCUGGAGUCCGUGGUCAUCUUCUUCAUCCUGUCCGCCUUCCUCUCCUACCUGCGCUUCCACAACGCCGCCUGCAGCUCGCCCGCCAGGUACUGUUGGCUCCUCCUCUCUGGAACGUCCUGCUCCGCCGCCAUCGGGGUGAAGUACAUGGGCGUGUUCUCCUACCUGCUGCUAGUGGGCGUGGCCUCCUUGCACACCUGGAAGUUGAUUGGCAACACCAGUCUUAGCGGCCUGAGUGUGUGUGUCCAGUGUGUGUGUCGUGCUGUGUGUCUCUUUGUAGUCCCGCCCCUGCUCUACGUGGCCUGGUUCUACGUGCACCUGAGUCUCCUGCACCGCACUGGACCACAUGACCAGAUGAUGAGCCCCGCCUUCCAGGCCAGCCUGGAGGGCGGUCUCUCCAGGAUCACCCAGGGUCAACCCCUGGAGGUAGCUUACGGCAGUCAGGUGACCUUGAGAAGCUCCGCCUCCCAGCCAGUGCCUUGUUGGCUCCAUUCCCACAAAGCCAACUAUCCAAUCAGGUAUGAGAGUGGGCGGGGCAGCUCCCACCAGCAGCAGGUCACAUGUUACCCGUUCAAAGACGUCAACAACUGGUGGAUCGUGAAGAACCCGGACAGGGCCGAGCUGGUGGUGGGCAGUCCUCCCCGUGCGGUCCGUCACGGCGACGUGGUUCAGCUGCUCCACGGGAUGACGUCACGCUCCCUCAACAGCCAUGACGUGGCGGCGCCCAUGAGCCCCCACGACCAGGAAGUGUCCGCCUACAUCGACUUCAACGUCUCCAUGCCGGCGCAGAACCUGUGGAGGGUGGAUAUUGUCAACAGGGAGGCGGAGUCUCAGGUGUGGAAGACCAUCCUGUCGGAAGUCCGAUUGGUCCACGUCAACACCUCGGCUGUCCUCAAGUUGAGUGGCACGUCUCUUCCAGACUGGGGUUUCCGUCAGAUGGAAGUGGUUGCUGAAAAGAUGUUGAAAGGUCCCAGCAGCAGUCUGACCUGGACGGUGGAGGAGCACAGAUACGGAACCAGUGAGGAGCAGAAGGACAGGGAGGCGGAGCUUCACUCUCCCACGCACAUCGACGUCAACAGGAAGAUCUCCUUGUGGGCAAAGUUUCUGGAAGUGCAGUGGAGGAUGCUUUCGGUGAAGCAGGAGGAGUCUGAACACAAGUAUAGCUCCGCCCCUUUGGAGUGGAUCACCAUGGAGACCAACAUUGCAUACUGGCUGCAUCCCUCCACCAAUGCCCAGAUCCACCUGAUUGGUAAUCCAGUGUCGUGGGGCGUGGCCAACCUCAGCUUGUUGACCUAUCUCCUGUUGGCUGCCAUCUACCUGCUGAGGAGGAGGCGUGGCAUCAGAGACUUACCUGAUGCUGCGUGGGAGCAGUAUGUGUGUGUAGGUGAGGUGUGUGUGGGCGGCUGGCUGGUCAACUUUCUUCCCUUCGUGCUGAUGGACAAGAGUCUCUUCCUCUACCAUUACCUGCCCGCCCUGGUCUUCCUGCACCUGCUGACCGCCGCCCUGCUGGAGCACGUGCACACACACCUGCUCAGCACGGCGAGGCAGCGCGGUGUGUUGCAGGUGUGUGUGUGCGCCAUGUUGGUGUGUGUCUUCCUGUCCUACCACCUCUUCUGCCCUUUGACCUACGGGAGUCCAGAGCUGUCAGCCAAUCAGCUGCGAGCCUUGAAGUGGAGAGACUCCUGGGACAUCCUGUACCGCCAACGCUAGGCUCCUCCCCCUGAUGACAUCACGACCCGCCAGGACUGAUCAGUCACAACUGAUCUUGAAAAACUUUUUGACUAAGUUUUUAUUUUUAUUUUUUGAAAUCUUGCAUUUCUGUGUAAGGAUGAAGGUAAGAAGGUAAUAAGGUAUUUUAUUUUUGAUGAAGCUUAUUUUGUAUCUUUGUUACAAAAGCUUGUUUCCACUCAAUUUAUGUAAAAAAAAAAAUGUUCCUUUGAAUUUUGUCAAAUAAUUUUGUUUUACAUGAAAUUAUGCCCCCCUUUUUUUUAGAUCAAAUUAUGCCCCAAAUUGUUUUUUCAUCAAAUUAUGCUAAAGCAUUUUUUUACAUCAAAUUAUGCCUCAAAUUUUGCAUUGAAUUAUGCUCAACAUUUUUUUACAUCAAAUUAUGCCUCAAAUUGUUUUUACAUCAAAUUAUGCAAAAGCAUUUUUUUACAUCAAAUUAUGCCUCAAUUUGUUUUUACAUCAAAUGAUGCCUCAAAUUAUUUUACAUUGAAUUAUGCUCAACAUUUUUUUAUACAUCAAAUUAGGCUAAAUCAUUUCUUUACAUCAAAUGAUGCCUCAAAUUAUUUUACAUUGAAUUAUGCUCAACAUUUUUUUUUAAAUCAAAUUAGGCUAAAUCAUUUCUUUACAUCAAAUUAUGCCUCAAAUUGUUUUUACAUCAAAUUAGGCUAAAGCAUUUUUUUACACCAAUUAUGCCUCAAAUUCUUUUUCAUCAAAUUAUGCUCAACAUUUUUUUUACAUCAAUUUAUGCUAAAGCAUUUUUUUUACAUCAAAUUAUGCCUCAAAUUGUUUUUACAUCAAAUUAUGCUAAAGCUUUUUUUACAUCAAAUUAUGCCUCAUUGUUUUUACAUCAAAUUAUGCCUCAAAGUCUUUUACAUUGAAUUAUGCUCAACAUUUUUUUUUUACAUCAAAUUAGGCAAAAUCAUUUUUUUACAUCAAAUUAUGCUAAAGCAUUUUUUUACAUCAAAUUAUGCCUCAAUUUGUUUUUACAUCAAUUUAUGCUAAAGCAUUUUUUUACACCAAUUAUGCCUCAAAUUAUUUUACAUUGAAUUAUGCUCAACAUUUUUUUUUCAUCAAAGUAGGCUAAAUCAUUUUUUUACAUCAAAUUAUGCCUCAAUUUGUUUUUACAUCAAAUUAUGCUAAAGCAUUUUUUUACACCAAUUAUGCCUCAAAUUCUUUUACAUUGAAUUAUGCUCAACAUUUUUUUACAUCAAAUUAGGCAAAAUAAUUUUUUUACACCAAAUUAUGCCUCAAAUUGUUUUUACAUCAAAUUAGGCUAAAGCAUUUUUUUACACCAAAUUAUGCCUCAAAUUGUUUUUCAUCAAAUUAUGCUCAACAUUUUUUUUACAUCAAUUUAUGCUAAAGCAUUUUUUUUACAUCAAAUUAUGCCUCAAAUUGUUUUUACAUCAAAUUAUGCUAAAGCUUUUUUUACAUCAAAUUAUGCGUCAAAUUAUUUUACAUCAAAUUAUGCUAAAGCAUUUUUUUACACCAAAUUGUGCCUCAAAUUGUUUUUACAUCAAAUUAUGCUAAAGCAUUUUUUUACACCAAAUUGUGCCUCAAAUUGUUUUUACAUCAAAUUAUGCCUCAUUGUUUUUACAUCAAAUUAUGCCUCAAAGUCUUUUACAUUGAAUUAUGCUCAACAUUUUUUUUUACAUCAAAUUAGGCAAAAUCAUUUUUUUACAUCAAAUUAUGCUAAAGCAUUUUUUUACAUCAAUUAUGCCUCAAUUUGUUUUUACAUCAAUUUAUGCUAAAGCAUUUUUUUACACCAAUUAUGCCUCAAAUUAUUUUACAUUGAAUUAUGCUAAAGCAUUUUUUUCAUCAAAUUAGGCUAAAUAUUUUUUUUACAUUCAAUUAUGCCUCAAUGAAUUUUUACAUCAAAUUAUGGUAAAUAAUUUUUUUACAUCAAUUUAUGCUAAAGCAUUUUUUUACACCAAUUAUACCUCAAAUUAUUUUACAUUGAAUUAUGCUCAACAUUUUUUUUUACAUCAAACUAGGCUAAAUAUUGUUUUUACAUCAAAUUAUGCUAAAGCAUUUUUUUACACCAAAUUAUGCCUCAAAUUGUUUUUACAUCAAAUUAUGCUAAAGCAUUUUUUUACAUCAAAUUAUGCCUCAAAUUCUUUUACAUUGAAUUAUGCUCAACAUUUUUUUUUCCAUCAAAUUAUGCUAAAUCAUUUUUUUACAUCAAAUUAUGGCUCAAAUUGUUUUUACACCAAAUUAUGCAAAAUAAUUUUUUUACAUCAAAUUAUGCUAAAGCAUUUUUUUACAUCAAAUUAUGCUGAAGCAUUUUUUUACACCAAUUAUGCCUCAAAUUCUUUUACAUUGAAUUAUGCUCAACAUUUUUUUUACAUCAAAUUAGGCAAAAUAAUUGUUUUACAUCAAAUUAUGCUAAAGCAUUUUUUUACACCAAAUUAUGCCUCAAAUUGUUUUUACAUCAAAUUAUGCUAAAGCAUUUUUUUUACAUCAAAUUAUGCCUCAAAUUCUUUUACAUUGAAUUGUGUUCAACAUUUUUUUUACAUCAAAUUAAGCAACAUAAUUUUUUUACACCAAAUUAUGCCUCAAAUUGUUUUUAUAUCAAAUUAUGCUAAAGUAUUAUUUACAUCAAAUUAUGCCUCAAAUUCUUUUACAUUUAAUUAUGCUCAACAUUUUUUUACAUCAAAUUAUGCCUCAAAUUGUUUUUACAUCAAAUUAUGCCCCAAAAGUUUUUUUUACAUCCAAUUGUGACUCCCAUUUUUUUGUACAACGAAUUAUGCCUCAAAUUAUUUUACAUCUAAUUAUGCUAAACAAUUUUUCUACAUCAAAUUAUGACAAAAAUGUUUUGCAUUAAAUUAUGUCUCCAAAUUGUUUUUUUUUUACAUCCAAUUAUGCCAACAUUGAAUAAAAACGUGUGAGCUAAAUGUUGGUUUCAAAAGUGUUUUAAAAUUGUGUAAAAAUUCAGUGAUAAAACAUUUUGUGGAGUAAAAAUCAGUGCAGAAAUAUUAAUAAAUAUUCCAAAAUAAGA